CCAUUUUGUGGCCUGCUAUGGCGGCGGUGUUGAGGUUGGGGCCGGGAUGCGACGCCUUUGACUGAGGGGGUAGACCAGUCGGAGGCAUCGGGGACGUCGCGCAGCGCAGAAGACCACCAGCCUGGACGCCGGGGACGCUGUCAUGUACGGCGCGGGCGGAGCCCGCGCCAAAACCGAGAGAAAAAGCGGCACGAAGGAGGAGGCCGGGCCCGGCGGCGCCGGCGGUGGGGGCAGCCGAGUGGAGCUGCUGGUUUUCGGCUAUGCCUGCAAGCUGUUCCGGGACGACGAGCGGGCCCUGGCCCAGGAACAGGGACAGCACCUCAUCCCCUGGAUGGGGGACCGCAAGAUCCUCAUCGACAGAUAUGAUGGACGUGGUCACCUGCAUGACCUUUCUGAGUACGAUGCUGAGUAUUCCACAUGGAACAGAGAUUACCAGCUAUCUGAAGAGGAGGCACGAAUAGAUGCCCUGUGUGAUGAAGAGAGGUAUUUAGCCUUGCAUACGGACUUGCUUGAGGAGGAGGCAAGGCAAGAGGAAGAAUACAAGCGAUUGAGUGAAGCGCUGGCAGAGGAUGGGAGCUACAAUGCCGUAGGCUUCACUUAUGGCAGUGACUAUUAUGACCCGUCAGAGCCGACGGAGGAGGAGGAGCCGUCCAGACAGAGAGAAAAAAAUGAGACUGAAAAUUUAGAGGAAAAUGAAGAACCCUUUGUUGCACCCUUAGGAUUGAAUGUCCCGUCAGAUGUGGAACUGCCACCGACAGCCAAAAUGCACGCCAUCAUCGAGCGCACGGCCAACUUUGUGUGCAAGCAGGGGGCGCAGUUUGAAAUAAUGCUGAAGGCCAAGCAGGCGCGGAACUCCCAGUUUGACUUUCUGCGCUUCGAUCACUACCUCAACCCCUACUAUAAAUUCAUCCAGAAAGCGAUGAAAGAAGGGCGAUACACAGUACUGGCUGAGAGCAAAAGUGAGGAGAAGAAAAAGUCAGGGGUCAACUCUGACAACGAAGAUGAUGAUGAUGAAGAUGGAAACUAUCUGCAUCCGUCUCUUUUUGCUUCCAAGAAGUGCAGUCGCCUUGAGGAGUUGAUGAAGCCUUUGAAGGUGGUGGACCCAGAUCACCCACUAGCAGCACUUGUCCGUAAAGCGCAGGCCGACAGUUCUACUCCCACCCCACACACCACAGACGGCACGCCUGUGCAGCCCUCCCAGGUGGAGUACACGACAGACUCAACUGUGGCAGCCAUGUAUUACAGCUACUACAUGCUGCCCGAUGGCACCUACUGCCUGGCUCCUCCACCUCCGGGGAUUGAUGUGGCCACGUACUACAGCACCCUUCCCGCCGGUGUGACCGUGUCCAGCUCCCCCGGAGUGACGACCACUGCCCCACCGCCACCCGGGACCACGCCACCACCACCCCCAACCACGGCUGAGACAAGCAGCGGGGCCACCUCCACAACCACUACCACAAGUGCACUUGGCCCCGUGGCCGCCAUCAUCCCCCCACCCCCCGACAUCCAGCCUGUGAUUGACAAGCUGGCAGAAUACGUCGCCAGGAACGGCCUGAAGUUUGAGACCAGCGUCCGUGCCAAGAACGAUCAGAGGUUCGAGUUCCUGCAACCGUGGCACCAAUAUAAUGCCUACUAUGAGUUUAAGAAGCAGUUCUUCCUCCAGAAGGAAGGGGGCGAUAGCACACAGGCUGUGUCCGCCCCAGAAGAGACCCCUGCAGACUCUGCUCCUACGAAGCCCAGUGACGCUGGGGAGGAUGGAGUGCCUGAAGAUGCGGCGGAGGCAGGAGGACGGGCGGGCUCAGGCGGGAGGAAGGAGGCAGUGUCUGGCAAGACCGUCGCGGAUGGCAAGUUGGUGAAAGCUUCCUUUGCUCCAAUAAGCUUUGCAAUCAAGGCCAAAGAAAAUGAUCUGCUUCCCCUGGAAAAGAACCGUGUUAAGCUAGAUGAUGACAGUGACGAUGACGAAGCAAGCAAAGAAGGCCAAGAGAGUUGUAGUAGCGCUGCAAACCCUAACCCGGCAGUUGCCCCCCCCUGCGUAGUUGCUGAGGAGAAGAAACCUCAACUCACCCAGGAGGAGCUGGAAGCAAAGCAAGCAAAGCAAAAGCUGGAGGAUCGCCUUGCAGCUGCUGCCCGGGAAAAGCUGGCCCAAGCAUCUAAGGAGUCGAAGGAGAAGCAGCUCCAAGCAGAACGGAAGAGGAAAGCGGCUUUAUUUUUACAGACCUUGAAAAAUCCUCUGCCAGAAGCAGAAGUUGGAAAAAUUGAGGAGAGUCCUUUCAGUGUGGAGGAAGCUAGUGCUGUGCCCGGUCCUCUGCUGACUGGAGGCAAACCUCUGCCUGCUUCAGAAGUUAAACUGCCCGAGAGGCCUUCAAGCAAAAGCAGAGAUCCGCCAAGAGAAGAAGAGAGAGAAAAGAAAAAGAAAAAGCACAAAAAAAGAUCUCGAACGAGGUCGCGCUCUCCCAAGUACCACUCGUCCUCCAAGUCCAGGUCUCGGUCACACUCAAAAGCAAAGCAUUCUCUUCCCAGUGCCUAUCGGACAGUACGGCGGUCGAGAGCCACAGCCUCCUCAGGGACACUGAGCACGGAGCCCUGUCAGAGCAGCUCAUCAGUGGCCGCAGCAGCAGAGCAAGGAAGUUAUCAGGCAGCCUCGACCACCAACAGAUUUGCCACCUGGAGCUCUUUUGAGGGAAAACCUGGUAAAAUGUCAAGGUCCCGCUCCCGGUCCCCUCGGAGGAGAGCCCACUCCCCUGAGAGGCGGAGGGAGGAGAGAAGCGUCCCCACCGCCUACCGCAUGAGUAGCCCCGGGGCCAGCAGGAAGCGGACACGCUCCAGAAGUCCUCACGAGAAGAAGAAGAAGAGACGAUCCCGGUCGCGGACCAAGUCCAAGGCCAGGUCUCAGUCAGCGUCCCCGAGCAAGCAGGCAGCCCCCCGGCCCGCAGCCCCCGCAGCCCACUCGGCCAGCGUCUCUCCCGUGGAGAGUCGGGGCUCCAGCCAGGAGCGCUCCAGGGGGGUCUCUCAGGAAAAGGACGCACAGAUCUCCUCAGCGAUCGUCUCUUCCGUGCAGAGCAAAAUCACUCAGGAUCUCAUGGCCAAAGUCAGAGCGAUGCUUGCGGCUUCCAAAAACCUGCAGACCAGCGCCUCCUAGGCCACCGGGGACAGUGGGGCGCGAACCAGCUCCGUCCAGUGCCGCCCGGGGCCUCCACGGACUCUUGGGGGCUUUUGUAAAUUAACUUUCGUUGACAUUUUUGGUUGAAGAUUUCUGACCAGCAGUCUCUUACCUGUAUAUUUGUAAAUAUAUCCUGUUUCUGUGAAAAUGUAUUAUCAAUAAAUGGAAGAAGACACCUUUUCUAGCUAGGA